GCGACCCGGGAGUGGAUGCGCCUGGGCGGGGCGCAGGAGGGAGGCUGCUCCGCGGGAAGGAAGGAAGGGCGGACGGCUGUGCUGCUCAUGGCUGGCGAGGAGCGGGGCCCGGCGCGGCUGGCGCUGCCUUCUUUGCCCGGGGCGCCCCGGGAGCGGCUCCACUUGCUCCCCUGCGCGGUCCGGCACGACGGCGCCGCUGCGGUGCGGCGGUACUUCGCGCCGGCCAUUCGACGGCCCGGAGAACCGGACGCAGAGGCAUCCGUAUCCUUCCGUGGGCGGAGCCUAAAAGGGAAGGAAGUCCUCGUACCUGAGGGCUACGUGGGGCUGGUCCUGGAGGAAGAUGAUGCAGCUAUGCAGGAGCGGCAGGUGCGGGUGAAGUCUACCUUUGAGUCACUCACUGUCUGGAACCUGGAGCGGGCCCCAAACAGCAGUGAUGAGAUCCUCAUGUCCUUACAUUGGCCAAAGAUUGCUGAAGGGAUCCAUGCUCCUGUGGCUGAUUAAGAAUGAGAUGGGAGCUUGUGACUGCUGGUGACAUGGAAGUAAAAAAAA